GCACCUAGCUCCGGGCUGCGAUCCCUGCCAGCCCUCCACCGCCUGAGCUCCUCAAAAGGGGCACGGGUGGUCAGCGGGCGGCGGACGGCGGCGCCGUCGGGGCUGGGGUGCGGCCGCCAUGGAACUGUGGCCGUGGCUGACAGCGGCGCUGCUGCUGCUGCUGCUGCUUGUGCAGCUGAGCCGCACCGCCAGGUUCUACGCCAAGAUCGGCCUCUACUGCGUGCUCUGCCUGUCCUUCUCCGCCGUGGCCUCGAUCGUCUGCCUGCUGCGCCACGGCGGCCGCACCGUGGAUAACAUGAGCAUCAUCAGCUGGUUCGUGCGGUCCUUCAAGUACGUGUAUGGCCUUCGCUUUGAGGUCAGAGGCCAGAAGAAACUGGAGGUGGAUGGUCCCUGUGUCAUCAUUUCUAAUCACCAGAGUAUCCUAGACAUGAUGGGCCUCAUGGAGAUACUCCCUAAGCGCUGUGUGCAGAUUGCCAAGCGUGAGCUGCUGUUCACAGGGCCCGUGGGCCUCAUCAUGUACCUUGGGGGCGUGUACUUCAUCAACCGCCAGCGUGCCAGAACUGCCAUGACCCUGAUGGCUGACCUGGGUGACCUCAUGGUCAAGGACAAUCUCAAAGUGUGGAUCUACCCAGAGGGUACACGCAACGACAAUGGGGACCUGUUGCCCUUUAAAAAAGGUGCAUUCUACUUGGCCAUCCAGGCCCAGGUGCCCAUCAUCCCCGUGGUGUACUCAUCUUUUUCUUCCUUCUACAAUGUCAAGACGAAACUCUUUACCUCAGGAACAAUCAGGGUACAAGUGCUGGAUGCUGUCUCUACCAGCGGCCUUACAGAAGCUGAUGUCUCUAACCUUGUGGAUACUUGCUACCAGUCCAUGAGGGACACCUUUCUACAAAUUUCCAAGAUGCCCCAGGAGGACUCUGCCAUUAAAGAGCCUGGGGUUGUGCCAGCCCAGUAGCCCAGGCCACAGGGGCAGGGGAGCUGGGGGAAGGCAGAUGGGAAGCAGAGGCUGGAGAAUGGACAGAAGGCCAUAUCCUACCAUCUACCAAACACCUUAUCCUGCUCCCCUGCUGGCCUGGCUCUCAUUGGGGCCUGGAAACAGGAAGCCCUUUCUGACACAGGCCUUAGACCCAGGACCCCGUGUAACUUCCCACCUCAUGCCUGUGCCUCCAGAAUCCAGGUGUGGCCAUCCAGCAGGUGGGCUGACCCACAAGACCAUGAGCCCACCUAGCAGUGGGCAACAUGCCACCGAAGAAGGCCCACCCCACGGUGUAGGAUCAACAUUCAGGAACAAGGCCAUGGCCUGUAUCAGGCCAUUAGGAAGAGAAGUAACUUGGUCUCCCAGUCACACAGCACCAGAGGGCAGAGCUUGCCAUCCCCACUGUCCGACAGUCUCAGUCACAAAUCACUGCUGUACUGGUUCUUUUUUUUUUUUCUCUCUCUCUCCUUUUCUUUUUAUAAAUGAACUCUGAGAAGUGCCUAGA